ACGUAAAGUUGUGUUGACAGCAGCGACCGCAUUUGUCGCCCAAGAGCUGUAGUCGGUACCAUUGGUGCCAAAUGGAGUAGCCUCAAAGCGAUCAUUUCAGCAAACGCAUUUGAAACAAGUCGGACGUACGACUCGCCCGGCCUAACAACGACACGAUGGCAGACGACCAGUCCACACAAUCGUGGUCAAUCGACAAGGAUGACUACGUUCUCAACGAGGUGAUCGGCAGUGGAGCAACUGCAGUGGUCCAGGCCGCCACCUGCAAACCCAGAAAGGAAAAGGUGGCCAUUAAACGCAUCAACCUUGAAAAAUGCCAGACUAGCAUGGAUGAGCUCCUGAAAGAGAUCCAAGCAAUGAGCCAGUGCCACCAUCCCAACAUUGUGUCAUACUACACCUCCUUUGUGGUGAAGGACGAACUUUGGCUGGUCAUGAAACUUCUCAGCGGUGGCUCAGUCUUGGACAUCAUCAAACACAUCAUCUCACGUGGGGAGCACAAGUCCGGAGUGUUAGACGAGGCCUGCAUUGCCACCAUUUUAAAGGAAGUAUUGGAGGGCCUGGAAUAUCUUCACAAAAACGGGCAAAUUCAUCGUGAUCUCAAGGCUGGAAAUAUCCUUCUUGGGGACGAUGGCUCAGUUCAAAUUGCUGAUUUCGGUGUGAGUGCCUUUCUAGCCGCAGGCGGGGAUAUGACCAGGAAUAAAGUUCGAAAAACGUUUGUGGGGACGCCUUGCUGGAUGGCCCCUGAGGUCAUGGAGCAGGUCCGCGGCUAUGACUUUAAGGCUGACAUUUGGAGUUUUGGGAUCACUGCCAUCGAGCUGGCGACGGGAGCUGCACCAUAUCAUAAAUAUCCACCAAUGAAGGUGCUGAUGCUGACUCUACAGAACGACCCCCCCUGUCUGGAAACCGGUAUCACAGACAAAGAGAUGGUGAAGAAAUAUGGCAAAUCCUUUCGAAAGAUGAUCACCUUGUGUUUACAGAAGGAUCCCGAGAAAAGGCCCACCGCAGCUGAGUUGCUCAAGCACAAAUUCUUCACAAAAGCAAAGAAUAACGACUACCUGCAGGAGAAGCUGCUUCAUAAAGGUCCAUCAAUAACGGAUCGCUCCAAAAAGGUGAGGCGUGUUCCGGGAUCCAGCGGGCGUCUACACAAGACUGAGGACGGCGGUUGGGAAUGGAGUGACGAUGAACUGGACGAAGAGAGCGAGGAAGGCAAAGCUGCAGUGGCAGCUCUGCGGUCGCCCAGAGUGAGGGACGGGUCUCAGACUUUGGAGAUUUUCCCGCCAGCAGAGGGCGCCGGUGCGCACCUGAAGCCGCCCACCGCAGUCAAUGCCAACGUUACGCCCGUGGGACAAAGUGGCGAAGAAAUUCCACCGCAGGUUGUCGUUCCAACAGGGAGCCCCUCGCACGAACCCUCCGCUCAAGAUCCCGUUGUGUCCGACGCCAGCGUUCCCAUCAGUCUCGUCCUGAGGCUGAGGAAUCCAAAAAAGGAACUCAACGACAUCAGAUUUGAGUUCAUGUCCGGGAGAGACUCUGCCGAUGGAGUAUCUCAGGAGUUGGUUUCCGCCGGACUGGUUGACGGCAGGGAUUUAGUCAUUGUUGCUGCUAAUCUACAAAAGAUUGUGGAUGAUCCCCAGAAUCACAAAAAUGUCACCUUCAAGCUGGCAUCUGGUGUGGAGGAGUCGGAAAUUCCCGAUGACAUCAAACUCGUCGGCUUUGCGCAGCUCAGCAUCAGCUAAGUCAAAGGGCGUGCAGCAAAAGACCGCAACGACGGGCAACGCGCUGCUGCUGCAUGCUCGCAAAUUCAAUGACGCCACAAUGCUGCCAAAGAGAGGAGGAUGGCGAGACAUGAAGCUGGCUAAAAGUGUGACACUACGGCAGGAUGCACGAGGACCACGCGGCGAGGAGGUUCAAGUACAUCACAGGGAACACACUUGAAACGUUUACAGUGCGCUUAUUCACGAGAGAGGACAUCGCAAUCAAUUAUUUACCAAUCUUGCCCCCGAGCCCCGCCCUCUUCAUUCUUAAGUACAACCCAACCCAAAUGUCACUACUGGAAAUGAUGCCUUCCUCUUUUUUCUUUUUUUUCUUUUCUUCAAACUGUGCCACAAAAGUGAAAUCUCACCUGAUGCUACACUGAAUUGGACCAGUGAAAUUAAGCCUUAGUUAAUUGUUAACUCUACAUAUCCCUUGUCCAAUUGAUAAACGUAAUACCGAUUAUUAGCUGAAUAGUUGUGUGCAUUUCUAAGAUCUCCACAAAAAUCUUUCUGGAGCAAAACUUUGUCCCCCUUACAGUUUAAAACACAACCAAAGACAGCAAUCAGGCUCUGACUGCACCAAUAAACUCCUUCAAAUGUGCUUAAAUCAUCCCUUUUAGCUGCUUUGGGUCAUAAUUUCAGUUACAGCAGUUUUCCUCAAGUAUUAAAAAAAAAAAAAGUAGACUGGUCUGAUAUUCUUAUCCUAUGCAAUAUUUGUUUUCAGCGGCUGUGACGCUCUUGGCUACAAGCACUUCUCUUUGGCCGAGUUGAUUGUCUCGCUGUACCUCAAUCGUUCACGUGUCAAGCGGCAAGGUAGCGACUGAUUUCCACCAAGCAUUCUCGCAAUGUGAAUUCUUGACACGCCUACACGGGUCACGCUUGCUUUAUUUUUGUUCACGAUUGUCAGCGUUCAAGUGGUUAUGUUGGGAUUUCCACUUGGGUGGGUCGAAUAGCUUUUUUUUUUGGGAAAUCCUUAAUGCAUCUAGUUUGGCUUGCAAAAGUAGGCGGGUUUUCAGCUGAAAAGUGAAAAUGUUUCACCACCAGAAAGGGGCACUUCACCAGCCAACAGUGAUGCUACGCAGCCAUGCUAAUUACUUGACCCAAAUGGUCAGUGGCUAGCCACCGUCAACUAUGAAUUCAUCCAAUACACGGCUUUCCAGAAUCAUUGUAUCAAUUUAGCUUUCACCCAAAUUCAGCUUGGAAUCGGCUUCAGCUCGCCUUACCCCAAACAGAAUAUGGACGGAUUGAACACUCUUUACAAAUAUUUUGUCAAUUGGCCUGUGCCAACAUCUUAAUGUUUUAUUUUUGAGGAGAAAAGGUUUUGACCAUGAAUGAACCUUUUUUUUUCUUUCUUUUAAACCUGUUAGCAUGCUAACACCUAUGCUAGCAUGACUGCGGAACACUCAUUGAAAAUGUUUUCAAUGUUGAUAGUCCUGCAAACUAUAAAAUUCCAAGACAGAAUUGCUUGGAAAUGUAUUUACAACGCCGACCACAAAUAACUUCAGGUGGGGUGAACCUUGCCCGAAAAAAAAUGAUAGUUGCCCAACAAGUUGUGUGUGUUUGGCCAUAUAAAAAAAAAAUGUUGUCUUGCUUUCUUCGCACCACAUAUAAGGGCUGCCUUGAAGCUGCUUGUUCAGGUACCGGAGUAAACAGUGUGGAAAGAAUGAUUUACGUGGACGUAUGUUGCGACUCCAAGCACUGUCACCUGCGUUUACCCCCCCCCCCCCCCCCCAUCACUCCCAUCUGUGACGUUGAUGCAUUUGACUGUUUAAUGUGUACAUGCCAUAUAAAGACACUUGUAAAUAUUGAUUUUGGAAACCAAGUGGUAAAUCUGAUGACUCAUCUUGAGCCGAAAGGAGUUGGUUGGGGUUUUUUUUUGUUUUGUUUUGUUUUCUGCCAUUUGCCUUUGUCAUUUGCGUCAUUAAUCAUGCACAACUUAGUUUAAUUGGCACCUUAUUGAUGUGUUAACAUGCCAAUUGUACCUGUUCUCAUACGUGGAAGUUUUCUUUCACGUAAACUUGUGCAAGCCCGAUGGCGUUUGAGAAGUUGUCACAUGACACAGGAUACAAUUGUGCGCGUGUGUGUUUGAGCUGGUGCGUGUGUGUUUUUUCUGGUUUUAUCAUCUAAAUGCCCUGAUUUAUUACAUAUAUAUAUAUUUCUUUUUUACCAAAAAGGAAAGCAUGACCUUUCCUCAUCACAGUAAAAUCAUGAGUAUUAUUUGAAUCAAAUGAUGGCAAACUCGCGUUGCAUUUUUACAAAUAUGCUUAUUGGGUUGUACACAUGUAUACUUUUGUCAAAUGCCUAUUUGAACUGGAACAUUUGUUAUUUCAAGACAAAUUGUAUCCAUUGAUGUAAUAUGUCACCACAAGCGGAAUGAUUUUUGAUUGAUGAAUAAAGUCACAGUGGAGUAGGGAAAAAAAAAA